UAAGCUUUCGUUGGUUCGGUCGGACUGUCGAAGUUACGUAGAACGGAUUUUAGAUCACAAAAGUUAGGACUGUCAACUUGUCAAGUUCUAUGUUCAAGCCCAAGGUUGUGUUAUUUCCUAAUUCGAAAUGAGUAUCGAUUUAGAGAAGAACAAAUCUGAGAUUCUGAGAGCAUAUGAUGAUGUUUUGAGCGAUAAAACGCCGACUGACUGGAUACUGCUUGGGUAUGAAGGCCAAACUAAUAUUUUGAAGCUCAUCGGCACUGGAGAUGGAGGGCUGGAGGAGCUGGCAGAUGAACUUAACAGCAGCAAGGUCAUGUAUGCAGUUGUGCGUGUCACCGACCCAAAGACAACACGUACCAAGCAUGUGCUCAUUAACUAUAUAGGGGAAGCCUGCCCAAACCUCCGUAAGGGCAUUUGUGCAAGACAUCUGCAUGAUGUGAAGGGACUUCUCAAAGGAAUUCAUGUGACAAUUAAUGCUCGUAAUGAAGAAGAGGUUGAAGCUGAUCAGGUGUUUGCUGCUCUUGCUAAAGCAACUGCCACCUCAUACAACUUCUCUGAUCGUUCUGAAAAUGAAGAAAGAAAUGCACCUGUUGGCACCAAUUAUCAGCGCACAAACCCUCUAUCUGAAAUAAACACAAGUUCCCGCAAUAAAUUUUGGGAGGAACAAGAGCAUGAAGAACAGGUCCGGAAGCAAGAGGAAAUCCAGCGCAAGAAACUAGAAGAAAUGACUAUUGACCAGGAGAGAAGAAAAACUGAGAUGAAAAGCAGCAAGGAGCGUGAAGUGCAACAGCAGGAGCACAGCGUGAAGGUGGCAGCAUCACGAAGGGCGUCUGAGGUGGCAGACGAGCGCCUGAGAGCUGCUAGGGAGCCUGGUGACGGCCCUACAGCUGCUGACGCUGAACGUGACGAACAAGAGAGAGCCAGACGUGCUGAACUCCUGAGAAAGCAGAGGAAGCAAGAGGCAGAAAGUGUUAUUGGUGGCAGCACCAAGUCUGCUCGCAGCGUCUUUGAGAGUCAGGGAGCGGCAGUGGCCAACGGUGUGGGCAACGCUCGCGCUCCUGCAAGGAAACUGAAGGAGUUCACGCCUCUCAACAACACCUCUGACAGCGGUCACCACAACAGCAACAAUAUAUCCAGCAACAGCAACAGCAGAGGAGCCGUAGCCCGUGCCUGGCCCCCUCCCUCCAACAGCUCGGGUGUAGCGGUCCAAGAAGAAAGAAAGCCUAGACAGCCUAUGUUUGUGGACAGCGACGUGCAUGCUUCAAGAGAGGGAAUCGUCUCGUCCGCCACUGCUCGUCCUAAUCCCAUUGGAGCCUCGCAGUCCAGUCCCCCGGCCUCUAGGCGAGUUCCAUCAAACAACGUGCACAAGAACGAACAACGCUUCACCCCCAGCUUGUACGACGGCGAGGACAACUUAUAUGAGGGCGAGGAGACCCAAGCUCCCCAACUACCCCCUAAAAGCACCUAUGGAGCAGUCACGUACGAGGACGAGCCACCGCGCUUGCCUAAGUCUCAGCCUCCAAACACCGCGCCAGCUUCCUAUGCCGGGCAAAUGUCGUCCUCGAAUUAUUAUGAGGAUUCUGAGCCAGUGUCUGCUUCGAGCCAUUCCACAUACAUGAGCAACCAAACGCUCCUAAAGAAGGAAGACAAACUACCUACAUACGCGUACGUCAGCGAGCCGCCUCGUGGCGACAGAAAUUCUGGUGCUCGCAGCAUGUCUGGUGCUGCGGCUCCGGAAAAUUUCUACGAAGAUGAUUCCGAGUUCACCGACCACCAAAAUCAGCAAAAACUUGGUGGAUUUACGGAGAACAGUAACAGGAGUUACUAUGCUGCCAGUAACGGGCCAACCCAACACCGUUACGACUCUGUUCCUGUCGAGCCUGAUGACAGAAUCUACGACCAGCCUGUUGAAGACUACGACCUCUCUGUUCCACGCACUGUAACAGGCCAGGACGCUAGGGGAGAGCAAGAUCUGUCGCCAGGACCGGCGUCACCGCACCUGGAGACCACGCCCUCUGUCGCCAUGACCUACGAAGUGGACGGCGUUGAGUACCAGCUACUGCCUGAGCACGGCCUGUGCGCGCGCGCCCUCUACGACUACCAGGCCAGCGACAACACCGAGAUUUCGUUCGACCCCUCGGAGAUCAUCUCUAAUAUCGAGCAGAUCGACGAAGGCUGGUGGCAGGGCGUGAGUCCCAGUGGCAAUUUCGGCCUCUUCCCCGCCAACUACGUCGAGCUCAUCAAUGCUGCCGCGCCUAGGAACUCAUAGGAUUUUUUCAUAUCUAGAAGCAGGAGUCGGCUGCGCGAGAUAGUACAUAUGUCUUCUUUGGAGGUGUCGAUUUGUGCAGCGGCGUCUUCUUUCCGAGUUUCAUAUCAUCGUGCAUCGGUAAUCACUUCUUGCGAUGACAUAUUCAUUGGCGUCUUGUCUAUACGAAAAUACUUACAUUUUUUUUCUUCGUCGGCCAAAAAUUAUUGCGGCAUAUUCCCAGUCAUCGGCCUUCACCACUCUAGGCAGCAUCCACUGUUAGCAGUCUGGCUUAUUAGUAGGUACUUACGACGGAAUAAUCGCUCUUGGUCAGUGCCUUCUCCUAGGACAGCUUCUGACCUCCCGAGCGGUAUAUCAUAUUCCCUACAUACUUCAUAUUCAGUUCGUAAUGGCGUCUAGACUAGAUUGUGCCAAGUCUAUCCUAAUCAGUUCCUCCCAUUCUUUCUCUUAAAAAAACCUUCAGCUUUAUGCUGUACCGGAGAAAAGUUUUCGAACGUAGAUGUCGCGUUCUUACAGGGUUUAUCCUCUAACGUGGAAUUCAACGCACAACUAUUUUAUUUUACUAUCAUAAGAAUUGCAACCGGUGUAAAAUACCUUGCCCGCUACAAUGUGCAUGUUUGGUGAAAAUGCCAUAGUUAUUGAACUAUUAUGAAGCAUGUUACCAGGGUCUUCCGUUACCAAUGACGAUUCGAUGCCGCUUCUAAGCAAUGCUUUUUAAUGAGCUGGUGUUACGAUAUAAUGAGUAUUCAUACUUGUUCUUAUGUCCUAUAAUUCUUGGUUAUCAUCAUCUUUGUUACGCAAACGAUAAUCGGUUCUGUGGCAAUUAUAUUUCCGUACAAUGAGGGAAUUUUCAUCUUCCAUUUUAUGUUUCAUAAGCUGUGGUUGUGCACCUUAUGGAAUGGCCAGAAGUUAGGUACAGAACCGAGGAUUGUUAUUCCAAUUACACCGAAAUGCUGCAACACGAUUAUAUCAUCUGGCAACCUGACUUAAGUCGCAACUGCAUGUUGAUUUUUGUUCAAGAACAUCAGUUAAAAAGUACGCUAUGCUUGGUAUUUUUGUCGAUAUGAGUAUCGUUUUCAUGCUCAUUAGGGCUUCUAUGAAUUGAUGGUGCUUGAAUUAUUUAAUUCCUUUGCUGGACCAUGUUCUUGUCGGCAUCUUGUUGCGUUUGAAGGUCCAGCAAUGUAGGAAGUGAGGUUACUUCCAUUAUUUAUUCUCUCAAGUAUACUAAUCUUAUCCUCGGCAAGCAGCUUCCCUAACCAAGGUUCAGCUUUUUAAUUUCAUGAUUCACAGAUGUUAUACGACUUAUCUAUUGAUACAAAUAUGAGGCAAGGUAUUGAAUUGGUUGUGUGUUUUUAAGACAUUUUAAACCUUGUUAAAUGCUGCUAGAAUAUGAAGGUUUUAAUUUGAUUUUACUGAUUACGGUAUGUAAGCACUGUUUGUUGUUGGUUCAUUUAUUGAUUACUAAACCUAAAAAUUAAAAACCUAUGUAUCAGAGUGCUGCUUAGUCCGUUGAUGUGAUUAAGCAUUUCUUAACUUCGAUUUAGUUAAGUAUUUUUGAGUUUAUAUUCAAGGGCGUGUGGAGUUGACCCAGGUUUGAUAACAAUGUUUAUGCUGAUUCCUCGACGGCUUCUCCAAGAUUAUGUAAUUGCUUUACUCGUUCAUUGUCUAUCUAUGGUUAUAUAAUCGUACACUUGUUUUGUUUCUUGCUCAAUCUUUGCCGAUAACUUUAAUUACGAUUGACUGUCGCUCAGCGCGAGUGCCUCUUGUAGACGAUCAUUCAUCAGUCAUAUCCUCAUUAAAGUAUAUUAUUUCUCUUAUGUGUGAGGACCGCCAUGUUCAUCGUCACAAAUAUCAAGUCUCAAGUUUCAAGGCUGCUGUCUCAAAAAUCAAGGCUGCUGCUGUCUGACAAAUCAAGGCUGCUGUCUCAAGUUAGGCUAAUAAUCAAGAGUUAUCCAGUCUCAAGUUUGGCUGCUGUCUCGAGUGUUCAAGCAUAAUCAAAAAUUAUAAUUCAUAAGUAAUGGCUGCUUCUGUCUCAGGUCAAUCUUAUGUACGGUGCAAACUUUUUAUUUUCUGUCACCUUUCUUUUAUGAGAAAUCUUUCGACGCAAGGUGCUUUACUAUUUUUUUAGGUACUUAUGCUUCAACUUUUUAAGCAAUGUUUUAAACUAGCAGCGGGCCACAGAUCGCAUUAUAAAUUAUUUCUCACUAACAUCUUACUUCAUCAAUUGUUGAUUCAACUUCCUCCUAAAAGUCAUCUUUUAUCUCGCUCGCCCUUUCAAAAUUAAAAUAUUAUCGUCAUAGCAUCUCCGUUGCUCUUGUCACUGCUUCUUUCUCUUUUCUGAGGGUUUCUUAACUCCUUUGAAUUUUUUUUAUCUCUCUUUAAUGUUUUAUUGCCCCCAAAUAGUUUCCGUUACCCCAUUAGAUUUUUUGCUCCUAUUAGAUAUUGAAAAUUGAUUAUAGGUGUUGUUCUGUCCCGUUACAACUCACUACGCACUCUAAACAUAUCGCUCAUAAGCUUCAAAAGGCCCUGAGCUUCUAUGUUAUUACGUGUGUUGGGUAGAGAAUUGAUCAGGUUUAAUUAGCUGUUAGCUAGACAAGGAAAGUAUUCACGUAUGGAAUUUAUUGACAUGUGGCAUUAUAGUAGUUUAGUCGUUUAGCUGAUGUUAGGCAAGUUCAGCGCCUAGAGAAGUACCUUAGCUGGUUGUAUCGUGAAAAGAAAUGUCGUUUGUAGCAUCAUUAAUUGAAUGUGAAGUGAUGUAGGUUUAGAAUAAAAUUAUCUUCUAUUAAAGGCCUAUGAUGUUAGUUGAUAGCUAAAUUAGGAUAAAGAUUUUUUAACGAUUUGUAGAAAAUUUUUAUGUGGUGUGCAAUCGAUGUGGGAAUUCGUGGUCACGUUUCCUAUUGGUUCAUCAUCACGUACGACCUUGCGUGUGUGUUAAUUUCUCGUAGUAUUUCUGUUGUCGAUGUACAAACACGUUGCCUCAGUGCACUGUUAUUGAACCAGGAGUUUUUUCUGUGCUAAUGUAAGAGAUGCUAUUAAUGUAAAUUAAAUUAAUAUGGACAGUUGCCGGUGCCCAUUUGGACGAGGUUUGAUGAACAUAAUAUUUGUCGGGAUUUGAAGUGUUUGUGAGGAGAUUUUUUCCAAAGUUUAAUCGUUGUAAUUAUUUGAAAAAUAUGCAUAUAACCGUUCUAAGGGUGUCGUUACUUAAAUAAGGUUAAUUCUGCAUGAUAGAUGGAAUAAUAUUGGAAGCACGUGUAUGCUGUUAUAUCGAUACCUUUAUUAAAUUCGCAUAGUGACCGUGACUUUCAUGUCUUGGAUAAGAAAUUAACUGUGUGGCUGAAAAACUACACACCAGCUUGAUGAUUAGGUUUUACGGAGAAAGUUGAUUCUCGGCAUUGCAUUUCAUGUUAAAGGGUUUUAUUAAAUUUCUAAGUUUUAUGAUUUAUUUAACGGUUAAUAUGGACGAGGUCCUCUUUAUUGUAAUGAGAAUGUGAUGAAAAACACAUCUAACAGCUCAUGCUUGCUGAGCUCGGGCAGAGAAUAUGGUCUUUUAAUGAUGUACGAAGGAUGCAGCUUGUCGGCAGACUUCAUACGCUCUGAUGCGCAUUAAAUAUAAAAUUGAGGCAGCUAAAAAGUUAGCCAUAUUUAACUCUAAGGAAGAGAGAGUUUUAACUUUUAUUUAACUCUAAAGAAGAGAGAGCUCAUCAAGAUUCUUUUUUAUUCUUUAUAGAUAAAAUAGAGGCAGCGUGUGAGUUACUUGAUUUAUUUUAUUUUAAAUUCAUUAAUGAUUCUUGAAGCAUUGGUGUCUUGUGUUUGUUCAAACGUAUUUAAAAUUUAAGGCGUGAUGACAGCGGCCAGUGAACAUCCUACGUAUGCCCGCUGUUGUGCGGUUAAGGUUUUGAACAGAGUUUUGGAAUGUCUAUUAAUGAUUAAAUGAUAAGAUGAAAUGAUUAAAUCCGUCUAAUGUUGACUUCAGGAAUGGUUUAAGCUAAGACUUCGUCAGCGUUUGUACCUGCUUGAAUUUGGGCAGCUCAUAAGCCGCUGGAAUUUGCGUUCUGACUUCAUUGUGCGAUUUUUUUAACUCGAGAACCUUAGUUUUUAAAUUCCUCUGUCAGUCCGCUCAUUAGCUUCAUAAUUUUUAUCCGAGGAAACCUAUGUUCAGACUGCAUGAAUUAGUGACGACCGUCUGCUGAUCAUGAAGGAAUAUUUGUUUUACGGAAGCUCUAAUCCGGUAUAUGUGUCUCGCUCUAUUCCUAUGUUACAAUAAUGCUAUUCGGAUUUUUUGGUGCUCUAUUCUUUAUUUACUCUUGUAUAUAAACAUUUAUUGUCGUAAUAGAUAGCUUCUGCAUUAUUGGCUCGUUUAAAAAAUAUUGCAACGCUAUAUUCUGCACUUGCAGUGAGUAAGUCUUAUCUAUUUUGCUUUAUUUCAAUUAUCCCAUUUACUUUUGAGAUUGGAAUUUCAAAUGGAAACUUAAAUUACUUUAAUCAAUCUGUCUUUUCGUACCAACUAAUAGAUUAUUUUUUUGACU